UCGUGAACAUGAAUGAACGUGUCGUUGUCGUCGACAAGAAAACAACAGAAUAGUGUCGAAUUCAAAAGAGUCCGUUAAAAUAGUCAAAAAUAUCGUCGCAAACUAUUAUAUCAGAAUAUUCUGUCGCGGUUUGGUGUUAUAUAUUUCCAGCGGGAAAAAUCCAAUUGCGUUUAAAUGCAAUUUUAGUGGAAAAUCAUAAAUACCAUUAAACACUUGGAGUGAUCGGUGGGCAACUCGUUUUUCUCAGACCACGAGCGUCUCGGCAGGUUUGAACGUGUUUCCAAGAGGUACGCAGCAGCGCUACCAACAACAAGUUCAAUCUUGGCCAUAUUAUCACAGUUAGCAAGUGGGAACGCUCCGGCAUCUGCAUCUGCGUCUGUGUGUGUGUGUGUCUUUUUCGCGCUCGUGUGUUUUGCGCCAUUUGGAAAACGCGUUUGCGGUUUUCAUCGCCUCAAUCCGAAAUAAAAAGUCGAAAUAAAAUGGAAAGUGCUUGUGCCAAUCGCCUCUCCGAUACUGCUGAUCUCUAAACAAACCUGAACAACAACAAGAAAAGCUUCUUGCCACUGCGAUGCGAUGCCAGCGAAUGGGGAUGCUCAAUGACAAAUGAAUUAAAGCCCCAAAGCACCAAGAAGCGCUCAGAGUUUAGCUAAACAAUCCCGCAACACACAGAGAACAGAAAACAGAGAACAAACACACGAAACGAGUAUUGAAUUACCCAAGUGAAUUAUCCAGCCGAUCGAAUGCAAUGGCAAAGCAAAUCGUUAGUGGUUAGCUACAGACUAUAGAAAAACGAUUUAACCCAACGGUGGAGAGGAGAGAAGAGCAGAGCGGAUUAAAAUGCCAAUAAUAACAGCAACAACAACGACUAUAGCUGGCGGGGGAGCGGCCGUGGCAGCCAGAGGCGCACCAAUGGCCAAGACAACAGCAGCUUCAUCGUCUGCCGCUGAUUACCUAAUGCUCCAACAACAACAACAGCAGCAGCAGCAGCAGCACUUUACCAAUCACUUCUAUCAACAGCAACAGCAACAGCCGCAGCAGCAGCAGCAACAGUUGGCGCCUCUGAAUGCUUCCCACCAACACUCGCACUCACAUCCACAUCCACAUCCUGCUGCCAGUGCCAGUGGCGGUGGCAGUGGCGUUGCCGGUGCUCCGGUCUCAACUAGUUUUGCAGCAUUUAACGGAAACUCGAAUCUAAGUUCUAGCCUGGCAAACGGAAGUGGCAAGAAAUUCAGCGACAGCGUUGAUGAUAAUUGUGAGGCCGCUGCAAGUGGCUCAGAGUUGGCUGGUAACGGCAAUGCGGAUAAGUCUGCGAUGGCGCCACCCGGCAUCCACCACCACCUCCAUCACCAUCUGCCCCCACCGCCGCCGCCGGCAGUGAAGAAAUCCGCCCCUGCAACAGCGGCUGCCACAGCUGGGAACUCAGCCUCUCGCGAAGAUGUGGCCUCGCUGAGUGGCACCUCCUCGCUGAACAGCCAGAUGUCGGCGGUGCACAAUCAGUACAUCGCUGGACUGCCUGGUAAUGGAAUCAAUAAUGGAAUCAACGGUGGCCCAGCCAUAGGACGACCGCCAGGACACCCGAGCAGCAUACUGAAAGGCAGCAAAGAGAAUCUUCUGCAGAACACGUACUACAACGGUGAGGCUGGUGAUGGCAGUUUGGGCAGCGAGUGUGGAGGCGGAGAUGGCAACCAUGAGGAUCCGGGCGAUGGCCUGGGACCACUGCCUCCUAAAUGGGAGACCGCCUACACCGAACGCGGUGAAUUGUACUUCAUCGACCACAACACUGGAACCUCCCAUUGGCUGGAUCCUCGCCUGUCCAAGUACCAGAAGAAGUCGCUGGAGGAUUGCUGUGAGGAUGAGUUGCCUUAUGGCUGGGAGAAGAUCGAGGACUCCAUGUAUGGCAUGUACUUUAUCGAUCAUGUGAAUCGCAGGACGCAGUACGAGAACCCCGUGUUGGAGGCCAAGAGGAGAGCUGCCGAGCAGCGUCAGCAGCAGCAGCAACAACAGCAGCAGCAACAACAACAGCAGCUUCAACUCCAGCAACAGCAGCAACAACAACAACAAAACCAUCAGCAGCAGCUGGAGCAAGAGCAACGUUCCAAGACACCAACGGCAGUGGAUGGAACUCAUCUUCCUGCGGAGGUUGAGGAUGAAGCGCCACUCAAGCUGCUUUACAAGUUCACCCGCAAUCCCGCAGAGCUACAGGGUCAGCGCAUCAACACCACGCUGCUCAAGUCCACCCGUGGCCUGGGAUUCACCAUCGUUGGUAGCGACGGAAGCGCUGGCGGCGAUGUUGAGGAGUUUUUGCAAAUCAAAACAGUGGUGCCCAAUGGUCCCGCCUGGUUGGAUGGCCAGCUGCAGACCGGCGACGUUCUGGUGUAUGUGAACGACACCUGCGUUCUGGGCUACACGCAUCACGAUAUGGUCAACAUAUUCCAGUCGAUACUGCCCGGAGAGAGGGCUGCCCUGGAGGUUUGUCGCGGCUAUCCGCUGCCCUUCGACCCCAAUGAUCCCAACACGGAGGUGGUGACCACCAUGGCUGUGGCCCUGGCUGUCGAUGGACGCGACUCCGACAAGCAGCGGCGCCUCAACAUGGAUGGGAAUUACAACUUCUUGGACCUGUCAGGCGAAGGGGCCGGCAAGACGAGUGCCAGUGGCAGUGGCUUUAUUCUGAUGAAAAAGCCGGAACUCUACACCUUCUCGAUAAUGAAGGGAGCCAUGGGAUUCGGCUUCACCAUUGCCGACUCUGCCUGCGGCCAAAUCGUUAAGAAGAUUCUCGAUCGUAGCUGCUGCACGCAGUUAAUGGAGGGCGAUGUCCUGCUCGAGAUCAAUGGAAUCAAUGUUCGUAACAAGCCGCACUUCUAUGUGGUAGAGCUGCUAAAGGAGUGCAGCCAGACGACGCCUACAGCCGUGAAGAUCCAACGCACGCCUCCCGACCCACCUGCCAACCCGCUAAGUCAGCUCAGUCAACUCAAUCAGGUGGGGAACGUGGCCAAGCUGCGCAAGAACUUUGUGGGCAGCGGUCUCUUCCGCAGCAAGACACCCACGGCGGACCUGUACAGCACCCAAGUCAAAGAGGUUCUCCCCAUGCGUCCGAAGACGCCUCUGGUGGACACACGACGUGCCAGGGUACAGACGCCCAGCAAUGAGGUGGACGGCAACGACGUUUCAGCAGACGAGACGGAGGCGAGAAAAGCUCUUCAGCAGCACGCUCAAGGCAAGUCGAACAACAGUCUUCAGGAGCUUGACGACAUACCCUUCAUGGACCCCUAUCCAAAGAUGGUCAGUCGACUGAGCGAACGCCUGGCCGAGGCCUCACUGCAGACGGAUAAUGGAGGUGGCAUCUAUGGACUGCCUCCCAGCAUGCAGCCGUUGCCGCUGCCACUGACCCACCACGAAUCCUGCUACUGCUACGACUGCCAGGCCCAGCGUUAUCGUCCGGGAUACUUUGUGCCGCAGCAGCAGUCCUCGAUCCCCGGAGGAAGCGGCCAGUACUCGCCCCUGCAGGCGGCUCACAUCCAGAACGAGCGAAUACAGCGGCGUGUUAACGAGCUGCUCAGCGAUCGCAGGCGUGUGGGCUUUGCCAACCUCGAUCCUCCGCAGCAGCAGAUGCAGCACUCGCCCAGCUGGCGCAAUGGAGCCUUGCUCGAUGCCUCCGAGGAUGCAGACCAGUGCGAGCUGACCGAGGUGACACUGGAGCGUCAGGCUCUGGGCUUUGGCUUCCGCAUUGUCGGUGGCACCGAGGAGGGCUCCCAGGUGACCGUCGGGCACAUUGUUCCAGGUGGAGCAGCGGACCAGGAUCAGCGCAUAGCCACCGGCGAUGAGAUACUCAGCAUCGAUGGCAUCAAUGUGCUAAACUCUUCGCAUCACAAAGUCGUCUCUUUGGUGGGUGAGUCUGGUCUUCGGGGCCAAGUUACCAUGAUUCUGCGACGUCGCCGAGGUCCACUCCUGCAGCAGGCUUCUCCACAUGUAACGCAGAUGCGACGAUAUCCCUACGAUGUCAUUGUCAGCCGACAUGAGAACGAGGGCUUUGGCUUUGUCAUAAUAUCCUCAUCGAAUCACUAUUACGGCUCGACCAUAGGAAAACUUAUUCCCGGCAGUCCGGCGGAUCGUUGUGGGGAGCUGAAGGUGGGCGAUCGCAUUAUAGCCGUAAAUCGGAUCGAAAUAGCUGGCAUGUCGCACGGCGAUGUUGUGAAUCUCAUCAAGGAGUCGGGUCUGCAUGUGCGUCUCACAAUCGGCUGUCCCCUGAAGGAGGGUGGACCCAGUCCUGGAGGCAGCAGUGCUGGUCUGGGCAGCAAUACACCACUCCAGGUAUCUCCCAGUCAGCUUAAAGCGCCAUCACACCAGCAACAACAGCCGCAGCUACCGCAGCAAAACCAUCAAAGCACUCAACAGCAUCAUAUGCAACAGCAACAUAUCCAGCAGCAACUCCAACAGCAACAGCAGCAGCAUCAGCUCCAUCACCCCCAGCAACUGGAGAUGCCCAUGUCAAUGCCCAUGCCAGGACACGGUGGCUAUAUGGAGCGACCCAGCAACAAUAUUGCGGCCACUCUGGCCCUUCAUCAACAGCAGCCACAGUUAUGACUCUGAGAUCUACGAAUCCGGCUCUACAAGAGCUUUCUCUAGGGCUAGUAGGCGUCCGCGCUCGUGCUCGAUCGUAGGGAGAACUGUUUGUAAUUAGUACUUCAUUAGGUAACCCCAAAGACUGAAUUUCGUAAGCCUCUGUAAAUCUAAACUCUUUACGAAUCUCGAGACGUUUCGUGAAUGCAUCUUUUAUACCAGUUUUUAUUCGAAAUCCCAUUAAGUGGCCUAGGCUAAGAGACAUUAUCCAGACAUUACGCGUAUAGGCAUAUCAGAUUGUGAGAUAUUUACUGCAUUUUACUUGCUGUUUUAUGUAUAUUCUAAUAUUAGAUUGUAAAUGUAAAAAAAAAUCCAAUUAUGCCUUA